GAAUCAUCGUACUCAUCCAAUGGGUGGUCGAUACGCGACCCACAUGGAUACCCAGCCCUGCCACUCGAGCUUGUGGAUUGAUUUAAGUCCGACGACCAGCUGCCUGGAGCUGAAGAGUACGGCGGGGAUCAAAGAACACAUUACUUGCUGAAAUAAUGCAGAAGGUCGAAUAUGUCGAGAUUUACGAUGCAGUGUAUACCGUGGAGCAUGACCGAGAGGGAGAACUCGAGGUGCCGACCAGGCAGCACCCGUUAAGACGCAUAGGUUCGGCGAAGAACGGACCACGGCCGAUUCCCCAUCAUCCUCAACCUGGAGAUUCCGUGCCCCUCGACGAAUCAACCGAGUAUGGUCGAGAGCGGCUCGGGUUUGAGGGUGAAGCCGUGGACAGUCCGGUUAAUCUUUCGGAUGAGGAAUCUUAUUCUCAUGAAUAUUCGGAUGAAUAUUCCUCAGUGUAUUCGGAUGAAUAUUCCUCAGUGUAUUCGGAUGAAUAUUCCUCAGUGUAUUCGGAUGAAUAUUCCUCAGUGUAUUCGGAUGAAUAUUCCUCAGUGUAUUCGGAUGAAGACAGACAUUCCCAAGCUGCAUACCACGAAGACGAGCGGGAUCUCCACAGGGGCGGCUGUAGAGAAUCUUCCAAUCCCCGAAUCUACACGCAGCACGGGCCCGUUGCUAAGGAGAUUUACGGUCGAAAAGCCCAGGUUCACAACGGAUUUCAGCGUCGGAUGUCUUCCGGCUUCAUGGAAGGGGAAGUUGUCAGCACACAGCACGGGCCGGUUGCUAGUGAGAUUUAUGCUCCAGUAACCUAUCACUCAGGCGGUCAUCAUCAUCGGGUGUCUUCUGCAUCGAGGCGAUCGCACGCCAGGAAUAAAGCGGAUAUUUCGGUUCAACAUGGGCCAACAUACGUAUAUCUCUCUCGAAGGAACACGGCCCAUGAUGAUGACGUAGUACGGUAUUCAAACCACCGGCAGCACUCGGAACAUCAGCACUCCCGCCGCGGGCCUACGAAAGCUGUUGAGGCUCCUCAAGAGCCAGCGCCAACACACCGUCAGAGAUAUCAGAGAUAGUCAUUGAGACGACCGAGUCAUAAUUCUCUUUCAGAUACCGUGGAAUCGUUACGCAAGAAAGCAGAUGCUUACUUGCACAGCCACCAGCCGUAGGAGGUGGAAAUCCAAUCGAAGAUAUCUAUGCAGGGUUAAGGGAGAUGGUGGACC